AAAAGAACUCAGAGCGGCGGUGCUGUUGGCAUUGACGUACGGAGCCAGUUUCGGAGCGGCUGCCGCGUACGGGGCUUCAAAUGCUAACGUAUACUUCAAAAAAUAUAUAGAACUGAACGUCGAACUGCCCAGCGCCAGCCUGAACCUGCACACGUGGCUUCUCGUGCACGUACCUUUCUGCUUGGCACUCAUGAUCAUCGCCGCCAGAAUCAUUUAUUACGUGCACACUUGGAACUACGACAUUAUCGAGACUGCCACCGCUCCGAAGAGCGACGUCGUUAUUCGGGAUCGACUGCACAUCAUGGGACAGGUCAGCUACGGCGAGUACAUCGCCGCCUUCCUGGUCGGCACAGCCAUGGUUCUGCUCAUUUUUCGGGAGCCGACAUUCAUGGAAAAUGGAUGGGGAACUUUCUUCGGCAUCGAAAGGGAGGUGACGGACGCAUCGGUUGGCAUCAUCGUGGGCAUGCUGGCCUUUCUGUUCCCCGCGGACAUCCUUCCCGAGGCACACCAGACGCAGAUAAUCGAGUGGGCCGAUAUGCUGAAACGCCUUCCGUGGGGUGUCAUCUUCAUCCUGGGCAGCUCCUCCACGAUCACCACGGCCAUAGAGAAUAACGGCGUGUACAAGAUGCUCGAGGAGAGGCUGCUCAACCUGGCCCUUCCGCCUUUCUACCACCAGUACAUCUCGGUUCUCGUAAUGGGCUGCUUCGGCGAGUUGACCACGUUCAAGAGUCGGCUGCGCUACUUCACCGGGAUCGGAUACAGGAUAUCUCGCAAGCUGAAUCGAGACCCGCUCUUCUUCCUACUUCCGGUGAGCGUGGUGUGCCAGCUGAGCCUGAUCCUUCCUUCGGCGAGCCCCAACAACGCCAUGGCCUUUGAGUUGGGCAGCAUGACUUCGCUUCAAAUGAUUGUACCCGGCUUCAUCACCAAGGCCCUGACGAUCAUGCUCUACAUGACGCUGAUAAACUUCACCGUGUCCCCGACUGAACUGUCUGAAGGGCACGCAAUCGUGAACUACACAAGCAACUUGGUGUCAGGCGAUCAAGAUUCAGCCAGCGUGGCCAUUGAUGUUGCGCAGGUUGCCUUCGAGUGACUACUUCGUCUAUCCUGAA